AUGGCAGCGGCGGGGGACCCCUACCAGCUCACGCCGCGCGCCGUCGGCGCGCUGCUGCCCGCCCUAGCGGCCACCGGCCACGACCCGGGCCCGCUCUGGCUCGCGGCGGCCUCGGCGGCGCUGCACUUCCGCCGCGAGGCGGCGCACCGCCGCGACGUCGUGGCGGCGCUGUCGGCGCUCGCGGCGCUGCGCCACGCGCCGGCGCCGGCCGUCGUCUCGGACCUGCUGGCACGCCUGCAGGGCAGCCGCGAGAACGUGUCGCGCCUGCGGGGCGCCGAGCUCGUUGAGCUGCUCGCAGCGCUGAAGCGCAUGCGGUACCGGCCGUCGAGGACGUUCCUGCGUCUGCUCAUGGAGGCAGCCGUCGAGAAGCUGCCCCGCAUGACCGCCGCGCAGCUGGCGGCGCUGCUGCGCGGCUUGUCGUGGGCGGGUGCGCGGCCGGGCGCGGCGUGGGGGCGGGAGUUUGUGCGACGCAGCUGGGCGGUGCUCCCGGGCGCGGGGCCGGGCGCGCUGGCGGACCUGCUGCACUUUGCGCUGCUGCUGCGGCUGCAGCCGCAUCCGCGGUGGGCGCACGACUGCCUGGCGCUGCUGCGGGACGCGCAGCGCACCGCGCUGUCGCAGCGGCGGGUUGCAAUGCGCACACGUACGGCGGCGGAUGAGGCGGCCCACACAGCAGCAGCGGGACCGGACAGUUUGCAGCAGCAGCAGCAGCAGCAGCAGCAGCAGCAGCUGGCGCAGCAGCCGACGCCGCCGGAGGACUCGCAUCAGCAGCAUUGGCGUUGGCCCGACGAUUGCGACGGCAGCGGCAGCCGCGACGUACCUGGCGCGCCGCCCCUGCUGACGCCGCACCAGAUCGCGCUGUCCGCCCACGCGCUGGCGCUGCUGCCCCAGGGCGGCCAUGUGGCGGCCAGCCACCGGCAGUUCCUGUGCGCUUGCAUCGGCGCUCUGCAACCGCGGGCGGCGCAGCUGCCGCUGCGGGAGCUGUCAUACCUUCUGUACGCGGUGGGGCGGCUGCGCAUGGAGGUGCCGCAGGGUUGGCUCCAGGAGGCGCUCGAGCAGGUGCAUUUGCUCACUGCUCGGGGGCCUGUGGCAGGUGAACCGCGCAUGCCGCAGCUGCAGCAUCGCCAUCAGCAGCAAGAGCGGCAGCAGCAGCAGCAGGAGCAGCAGCAUCAGCAGGUGGUGAUGGGAAAGCAGCAGCAGGCGCCGCCGCCCAGACAGCAGCGAGGGCGCUCACGCCUGGCGCAAGCGGCGGACGAAGACGCGCCGGCAGCGGAGGAGCUCGCGGCUGCGUUUUCCCUCAUGGCCCACUUUUCGGCCGCCGCGGAGCCCCAGUGGGUGCACGGUGCGCUGGAGGCCACAGCCGCGGUCCGGCACCAGCUCAGCGAUGAGGCCCUGGUGCAUACGCUGGUCGGCUGCGCUGCGCUGGAGCUCAGCACCAACCCGCCCCCUGACAGGGCCCGAGCGGCCGCUGCUGACCCCAGCGGCAGCGCCAGCGGCGGCGCAGGCGCGGCGGCGGCGCUGCUCCGGCUCAUGUCCGCACGGCUUGCGUCGCAGGCAGCCGCGCGCGACAUGGUGCGGCUGUCCAAGGUGGCGCGGCUGCUGCAGGCGCACUGGCAGCGCGGGUUCCCUGCCUGGUACCACGACCUGCAGGAGCAGGCGCGCCAGGCGCUGGCGAGCUGCGCCUCUGAUGCAGCCAGCCAGCCGGCGCGGCGGUUCGUCGGCCGCGCGCCUGACACGCGUGGCUUGUGA